UCAUAUUUCGUUUGUUUACAACGUUUUUAUGAGUUACCGAACGAAAUUUGAGUGAAGGUGUUUUUAAAUUACAAACUCAAUCUUUCUGAAUGUUUUGCUAGCAAAACAUUCAGGAUGGCAGACAAAGGAAUAGCGGAGGAUCUGCGCUGUAGGGUCUGUUUAGAAUCGGAAGUAAACGAGCUGAUAUCGAUGUUUUGUGUGGGGUCCACACAGAAUAUGCUGCUCUCGCACAUGGCACUGGCUUGUACGGGUGUACUGAUUUCGACUCGAGAUGAGCUGCCGAAACAAGUAUGCGAUACUUGCUUUAGCAAGCUGGAUUUGGCCUAUUCAUUCUGGCGAAGGUGUCGUCAGUCAUGGGGCGAAUACCGUAAGCUGCCCGACACUACGCAAAACGAAGACGAAGAUCUCCGAUGCCGGAUAUGUUUGAGUCAUGAGGUAGAAGAACUUGUCUCUUUGUACUGCAUUUGUGACAGUCAGCUGAUCAAAAUUAACGAAAUGAUCAACGAAUUUGCUGGGUUGGCGAUUGAGGAAAAAGAUGGCUUCCCACAGUACAUAUGUGACGACUGUUUGGCACAACUAGACGCAGGGUUUGCGUUUAGGAAGCGUUGUCGUAACUCGAACACGUUGCUCCGGAAGCAGGCUCGGGAAAAGUCAACCCAGUUGAAUGGUGUGUCCACCGUGAAAGUACUCUUUCCAAGCACUAUUUCAGUGGACAAGGUUCCGGGUACAAUUGGCACAAACAAUAACAGCUUGGCUCGGAACACUCCUUCAGGCGCGAAAAAGCAAUUGCGUGUGCCAAAGCCAGUCACAGUAAAUAAUAGAAUACAAGAUAUUCGCCAUGCACCAGAUGCAACAUCGAGUAAACUGUCUCCACGCCCAAAAAGUAGCAAGAAAAAUAACAAGGAGCAAUCCACGAUACGACUUACAAGUGAUUCAAGCGGUUCUCUACUUUCGAAAAGACAAGGAAAAAUCAAUCAUCCAGAGGUAUUUGACCAGGUCAUUGAUUCCAUCAUGGGGGAAGAAUGUGGCCCGGGAACUAUGAAAAACGGAUCGAUGCGUUCGAUUGAUAAUAAAAUCAUCCUAAAGAAGACGCCAACGGCCGCUUCAUUCGAUGUGCUGGUCGAAGUGAAUGAUACUGAUAGUGAAAAUCAUUCCUGUGAAACUGAUUCUGAUGAUGAAAACGCUGCAAUAAGUUUGGUGGGAAACGCCAAUGACUAUUCUAGGGUAGACAGCACUCCGCGGGAUCCCAUCGUUCUAACCGCCGACAAUGAAAACAUUUUCGAUCUUUCAAAAGAGACACAGCACUAUAAGAUUUUACGUUUGAAAGGUGAGUUGUGCUGUGGCUGUCAGCGGUUGUACGAUUCCCCGGCAGAACUUAGAAUGCACUGUGUAGAGUAUCAUCCGGUGGGAAUGAUUUGGAAGCAUAAUCGCUGCUGUUACUGUCAAGAAACCUACAAAACCAAAGCAGCAUUAACUCGCCACUGCUUACAGAGGGCCAAAAAGUUGUACUAUUGCUGCAAAAUCUGUCGCAACCUCCUGCUGGAAAACGAAGAUGACUUUGCAGCGCAUCGAAGUGCUCGACACUCUAGGCUACAACUUCCUAGCCACCCUCUAGAUGGAAAUAUGCUGCUGGAAUUGGAGAGUGUAUCAUUUAUCUGUAACGAUGAUUUUCUUAGGCUCCUCGGGUUUGUAGUUCGUGUUGGGGAAAUACAUUCCGAUCUGCACAAAUGCAAGCGAAUUGGCGAUCUAACGCAAAACGAAAAGACCAGCAAUUUUGAAACGAAGCAAAUCGAUGUAAGUAGCUUUAUCACAUCGAAACCACAUCAAGAAGUAUUCAGAAUGAGAAGGAUCUGCUGUGUUUGUCGAAAAUCUGGGCCUAAAAUAUCAAUAUCAAUAUAUUGUAUGAUCAGCACACAUCAGAAGACCAUUGCAGGUAUGCUAGAAAUUGUGGGUGGAAUAAAGUUAAAUGAUAGCGAUCGUUUACCUGAUCAAAUAUGCGAUCAAUGUUCGAAGAUCCUCGAUGAUGGAUAUUCAUUGUGGAAACGCUGUCGUGUCCAUCAUCUCAUAAGCAAAUGCAUUGAAGGACAGGAAGAUCAAUACCUACGCUGCCGAAUCUGCACCCAACAGGAUGUGAGCGAAUUAAUUUCCCUUCAUAGCGUGUGUGACACAUGGAAAAUGAAAGUCCAUGAAAUGGUUCGAUACAUAAGCGGUGUGGCCAUUAACAAGAAAGCCAUUGGGCUGCCGCCGUAUGUUUGCGAUGUCUGUCUAGAUGUACUGGAUAAGAGUGUGAGAUUCAAAAAGCUUUGCCUUGAGACGAAUGAAAUUUUGCGCAGUGAAACUUCGUACGCUUGGGAGAAGAUGGCAUUCGAAACCAGCGAUCGGGAUAGCUUGGUAGUCGAUCUGUUUGCAGAAAUAGUCCACAAUGUUGAUACGGGAAAACUUAAGUGUUCGAUAUGCAAAAAUGAUGUAACUUCAAGUUCGCAACUUAGUAGUUGCGACGGGUGUUUAUUGAAAUUUCAAAAUAUAACUGAAAUAAACAAUAUUGAAAAUGAGAAAGACAACAUAAUUCAAACGGAAGACGACGUAAUUGAAACGGAAGGCAAUGUCAUUGAAACAGAAGACAACGAAGCAAACAUAGAUUCAAAGACGGCUCAAUUUUUCGAUCUUCUUGAGGAUGCCUCUGAUGGAUUAUUUCUCAAGAUUCGACGCAAAGGUCCAGUCUGCUGCGGCUGCAACAAAAUAUUCUUAUCGGAAAAUGAUUUACAUGAACACAGAUUGGAAGUGCAUCCACCAAUUGACGUUAAAAAUCAGUAUUAUUGUGAAUUUUGCCGACGUAAUCUGGAAUCUAAAACGCAGUUGGAGAAUCACCACAGAAAUAUGAGGAGCGACAUAUUUAUGUAUUGCAAAAUAUGUCGAAAAAUACAAACUGAUCCAAAACGACAUAAAAAACUAUCUCAUAUUUCGGAGGAAACCUUAAAGAAGUUUAGAAAGCAAAUCACCACGAUCUACGAAUGUUGUAUUACGCAUUGCGACUCGACCUACGACACCCAGAAUCUGUUAUUGAAGCAUUUCGCUGAAACACAUUCUAGAAACGAUUUAGCAGAGAGCAAUACCUGUGGAUAUUGUGACAGAAAGUUUUCCAGUAAGAACGCAUUCCUAGAGCAUAAUACCCAUGCAGUAAUGAAGGAGAAAUUUUUCUGCCAGAUAGAUGAAUGCACCUACACAGAUAAUGACUUGCACGGUAUUAUUAUGCAUUGCUCCGAUCAGCCUCACAACGCUAUGCUCACUAGUACAAACAAACGUGUCAAACCAACACCCAAUAUGGAAAAUUUGACCACGAUUGGAGAUAUUGAUGGCAUAAUUGAUAUUUUGGACAGUAAGGGCAAUUUCUGCUGUGGUUGCCUUCAUUUUUUUAAAACCACUCCAGAAUUCGUAGCACACUGCGAAGCAAACCAUAGCACUGCUACAGGUGAAUUUAGCUGUAAGACGUGUAAAAAAGCGUUUUCAACUAAAAAUACGUUGCGUAUGCAUGAAAGAAAAGGAGCAGAAAAUAUGUUUUACUAUUGCCGCCCAUGUAAACUUUUCUUUUGGGAUAUUCUUGAAAUGAAUCGCCAUAAAGCCUUCGUACACACAGAUAUUGAACCAGAAACGAUGGAUGAUCGUUACGAACGGGUAGCGGAAAGCGCGUUAAUAUGCUGUGGUUGUGAUAAGCAUUUUAAGUACGAAGCGGAACUCAUCGAGCAUCGGCUAAUUAAACAUUCGAGGUUCAUCACGAAAUUUGCCAGACAGUGUCCCGUCUGUGUUAAAAUUUUCGAGUCCCCAGAACUCCUGCAGCGACACAUGGAUAUGGCCGAUAGCAACAUGGUUUAUAAGUGCAAGGCAGCAGAGGAUUGCACUUUCCGAUGCAAGCAACUGUCCACCAUCAAACUUCACGUUACAUUCAAGUCACAUCAAACUGUAAAAGGCUACGUAUAUCUUCGCGAUGUGAAGAUAACCCAGCACGGAUGCUGCUUUAUACAUUGUGACUUUGUUGCUGACAGCUACGAUGAAAUCGUGACACACGCUAACACUAACCACAACGUAGAACGCGAGAAGAACAGGGCACUUCCAGAUUGCCUUGAAAAAAUAUUGUGCCCCGUUUGCUAUAAAAUAAUGGGAAGUAAGAUAUCACUAAUGCGGCAUCAGCGGACUGGUUUGGAUAUAACUUGCAGAUUUUGCAUGAAAACAUUCAAACGAGAAGAGUAUUUCACGCAUGCUGAGGCGUGUCGGAUAAAAACCCCGAAGCAACACAUUUGCUGCAUUUUACAUUGUGACUUCGUUGCUGAUACUUACGAUGAACUCAUCAAACAUGCUGACAUUGAUCACGUAGCAGUGCGUGAAAAAAAUACGAUACUUCCCAAUCGUUAUGAAACAAUGUUGUGUCCCGUUUGCCAUAAAGGAAAGCCAGAUGAAUAUUCCCUGUUUCGUCAUCAGCGUGCAAGACGGUUCACUCGCUGUAAAAUUUGCGGUAAAAAAAUUAAACGAGAAGAGUAUUCCGCUCAUAUUGAAGGAUGUCAGACAACAUCGAAAGCUAAGUGUGGGGAAUGUACUUCAGAUUCACCGUGUUCGAUUCAUUCCAAAACUCAUAGAAAAACGAAGUAUGAAAAACGACAACUUGUUAGUGGCGGUUCUACAGUUUGUAGUAUUUGUGGUAAAUUCUACAAAACUCAAGCCAUGUUGCGUGACCACAUGAUAAUUCACCAGAAUAAACGAAUCUACAGGUGUAAUUUGUGUCCCCUCACUUUCAAUAGCUAUCUCAUUCUAAAGAAUCACGGUCGUGUCCAUACGAAGGAGAAAAAAUUUAAAUGCCGCCAAGGCUGCGAAAAAAUGUUCAAGUGCCCUAGUGAUCGAUCUCGUCACGAGAAGAGUGUACAUUUAGGUAUUAAACCAUUUGGCUGCACCAUCUGUUCGGCCUCAUUUGUACGCGAUCGCGAUCUUCGACUGCAUAUGCGGAAACACACGGGACUAAAGCUCUUCCCUUGUGAUAAUUGUGGUGCAAGUUUCGACGUGAUGAGUGAAUUCAAGCAACACAAAGGAAAAUGUGUGACCACUAAAGGGUCACAAUCGAUCGUAGUCGAGAAUGCCAGUGAAUAAUUCUGAUGAUUCAAAUAUAUUCAUUGUUUUUAUAAAUAAACUAGCUGA